UGCUAGUUUUUCUCUGACAAUAAGUGAGCUUCUCUGUACGCAAUGCAGGGUGGAACGUCGUUGGUUCUCUUUUUAAUUCUGGCCGUCUCUAUCAUCGAAAUUCAAUCUGCAUCAUUUGCCAAGUUAUAUCAAAGCAAUUAUCAGUAUCCACAAAUGAUCCGUCCUGAAUACUUUCAAAUCGCUCAUCAAAAUGGUUUAGCACCAUAUUACAUAUACAAUUUGUUUCAGGUGCAUACUGAUUUAACGCCUGGAAGUCCAACAAUUUUGCCAGAAAAACAAACAACGACCCUUACUCACCUGCCACCCUAUGGAUAUUACUACUACGACUUUAGAUUCCCAAUUAAUCCGGUAUAUCCAGUAUUGAGUCCAUCUCAUCCUGGAUUUAUCCCAGUAUCAGGAUCACCACCAAUAUCGACUGAUCGUCCAUUCGAUGUUGACAAUGAUGACGAUAGUGGUAUCGAAAAAUUGGACACAAAAGUUGAGCCAGAAAAAGAAAUGAGAAAACCUGAUGCUAACGAUGGAAACUACGAUGACGACGAUACGAUCACUAUCGAAGCGAUUAAAUAAUAUUUUUCUCUUUUCUUUCUUUUCUUUUGAUUUACUCAACACGAUUGGUUAUUCUUAUAAAUCCAUUGUAAUAUAAUUUUUAUAAAUAAUUCAUUAAUUUUUUAUUUGGACUCAAAUCUAUUC